AUGAGUGCAUGGACCCAAACAACACUCUUUGCAAAAAAGGAGCUUAAAACUAAAGGCAGCUAUUCUCGUUACAUCAGGUAUAGACUCUCUCCCGUGUCCACCCUUUUCUUUCUCUUCAGUUUGUAUUUACCUUUGUGGCUUAUACAUUCAGGAAUAGGAAUAGCUGUUGUUCUUCUGAUCCUACUGGCUGUUGGCUUCUGGUUGCAUCGACAACUUGAGGAAAGAAAGAAAAACAAACUCAAGCAGAAACUCUUCAAGAGGAAUGGUGGUCUCCUAUUGCAACAACAAAUCACUUCAAGUGGUAAAGGAAGUGUUGAGAAAACAAAACUCUAUACCAUAGAAGAGUUGGAAAAGGCAACAGACAACUUCAAUGCAAGUCGAGUUCUUGGCAGGGGAGGUCAUGGGACAGUGUAUAAAGGGAUGCUAUUGGAUGGAAGCAUAGUAGCCAUUAAGAAGUCAAUCAUAGUUGACGAGAGGCAAGUAGUUACGUUUGUCAAUGAAGUUUUCAUUCUUUCACAGAUUAACCAUAGACACAUAGUGAAGUUGUUAGGUUGCUGUCUAGAGAGCGAAGUUCCUUUACUGGUUUAUGAAUAUGUCUCCAAUAGCACUCUCUCUCACCAUCUCCAUGAUAGGAACUGUGAAUCAAAAUUAUCUUGGGAAAAGCGCUUGCGAAUUGCAGAUGAAAUUGCAGGAGCCCUUGCUUAUUUACAUACAUAUGCUUCUCCGGCUAUCCUUCAUAGGGAUAUCAAGUCUAGUAAUAUACUGUUAGAUGAGCACUUUAGGGCUGUGGUUUCUGACUUUGGACUUUCAAGGUCAAUAACCCAUGAAAAAACACACUUGACCACACUAGUGCAGGGCACAUUUGGUUACUUGGAUCCAGGGUAUUUUCGAUCAGGCCAAUUCACGGAUAAGAGUGAUGUAUAUGCCUUCGGGGUAGUGCUUGCUGAACUUUUAACAGGCGAAAAAGUAAUUUGUUCUAGUAGAUCUGAAGCAAGUCUAGCAACUCACUUUAGAUUGGCAAUGAAACAGAAUUACCUGUUCGAAAUUCUAGACAAGGUAAUCCUGGAUGAUGGUCAGAAAGAGGAGAUUCUUGCUGUUGCUAGGCUUGCUAAGAUAUGCCUGAAGUUGGGAGGGAAGAAAAGGCCAACCAUGAAAGAAAUAGCAGCAGACCUCGACCAAUUAAGGAGGACUACGGAGCAGCCAUCACUUCAACGGACUUGCCAGGACAACUGCUCUGUAAGUGGAAGGUCAUAUUCUUAUGCAUCUACUAGUGCAGUUACAGAAGAGUAUGUACUUGAAGACCAGGACUUUCCUAAACCAUACGGCAUGGCUACUUAA